UCAGACAUAGCCUCAAAAAGACAAAAGGAAAGUUUGCUUUUUCUACUUGCUUCCUGGAAAGAUGCAAAGUGCUUUAGUAGGCUCGUGGCACAACACUGGCUUCUAUGGGCACUACAGAGGCCAAUUCAAGAGUGAAAGCGCUCAAGAAUACCGCCUUGCAGCCAAGCCCCAACCUCCAGCAGUGUUCCUGCAACGAUGUCAGGAGCCAGCACAGCAACACUUGUUCUCCAAGCAUGACAACCGUACUUCUUUCGACAAAGGCCCCUACUGCCUGCUGCAGGGAAUCGGAAGGCGGAAAGACCUGGAGCGUCUGUGGCAGCGGCACACCUUCCUGCGCUGGGCACCCCAGGAGCUGGAGUUGAGCCAGCAGCGGCCCCCUGAAUCCUCCUACCAGGCCAAUUUCCGGUCAGGCCCAGGACUCAGUGACCUCCCCCAGCGCCUUAUCCACUUUGUGCAGAUCGAGCCUCCCCGAACCAGCACCACCUACCAGCAGAACUUCUGCCAGCCAUCCCGGGGUGGCCACUGUGGCAGCAGCAAUACGGGACCGGUCACCAACACACUGCCUGACCUCCCAGGGAUCCCAAGACCCAAGCUGCUUCAGCAUUACCUUCAUGCUGGGGUCUCGGAGUGUCUAAACUGGUCCAGAUUAUUAAACAAGGACAGCUGACACAGCGGCCUUUCUGUGC